UGAAUGGGGCCCAUUAAAGCCAGCUGCAGUCCCAGACGGAGCCAGGCCCCAAUCGCAGCACUGGGAGAAAAGUGCCUCAUGCAGAUGUGGGCGCCGAUUUCUCAUUGAGAGCGUGGAAAUCCAGACAUUCCAAAUUCAGAAUCAGUCCCCGAUUGGCUCUCCCUGGCUCUCUGCACACACGUUCGAGUUGGAUCCGAUCUGACAACUCCACCACCACCACAACCCCACCAUUGCCUCCAUCCCCCGAUCGGGUGAGUAAUGCACGCCGCCGCUUCGAUUCGGGCUGAUCAUGUGCAAUUCCGAUCAAGACGAUCUCCGGUCGAGCGGUUAUCAGUUGGCCGAGUCUGUUGGGGGCCAUUGCGUCAUCCGCAAUGUGUUUGUACACAGUGAUCGUGACCGAGGCCGUAAUGGGAUCCGCACACAAAUUGCGCUGCCUCCGGAAAGCACUUUCACUCUCCCUUUCAUUGCCGGAACAAAUCCGCGGCUCAUCACUUAUCAUUAGCCAAGAUGUCGAGCCGGAUGAUCUUCCUUCAGUUGCUGCUGUGGACAGUUGUAGAGGGCCACUACUACUACGACUACGGCUACUGGGAGAUCAACGAGCCUCCGCCGCUCUGUUCCGACUACGAAAUGCUAGUGGUCAACACCCACCAGUGCGUGAGGCGCUGCAACAUCGUCUGCCGGAAUGGAGUGUGCUUCGAGGACGGGCCCUGUCCCUGUGCCGACCAGUAUCUGGCGGGCAAUCCGGAUGGGUUGGUGUGUGCUGCAGAGUGCCUGCCCGGGUGCAGGGCGGCAGGCGGCUACUGCGCCGCACCAGACCUCUGUGUGUGCCGUAAGGACAGGCACUACUACUUCGAUCCCCUCUCCCAAAAGUGCCGCCACAGGGCGGCCCGACUGCUGGAUCCCUGCCUGGGGCGCUGCACCCAUGGCACCUGCUCCUCCGACGGACGCUGCAUCUGUGCCCAGGGAUACGAGCUAAGGGACAGCCUGCUGCACGGACAGCAAUGCAUGCCAGUCUGCGAUCACAACUGCGGACCACGUGCCUACUGCUUCGCUCCCAACUUGUGUGCCUGCCGGCACAGACAGCAUCAUUAUGCCCACAAUGGUGUCUGCUCCAGGGACUAUUGACUUGGAGGGGCAGUUGGAUACAAUGGGGCUGUUUUAGGUCCCGCUGAUGACGCCUGGAGUUUAA